CACACAUAAAGCGACAUAAUGGGAUCCUGCGCAAAACACAUAGCAGACGAAAUCGUUGACCAGCGCUCUAUUACCGAAUCUGGUUCUUGUAACUGAGCGCCUUUUCUACUCCGCAUUCUGACUACAUAUUUACAAAAGCUGAGCACCUUUCCAAAGCUUCUUUCUGUUCUAAGGGGAUGGGGGAAUGAUCAACCCGACUCCCCAUCUCCAGCUCAGUUGUAUCAGUUGUAAGAGCGCUUUGCAGUAUGCCAUCCCCGAGAAGAGGUGUCGAUCACCGACGGAGAACCGCCGCCACGCUUCUAACCCAGGUUGCUGUCUUUGCAACCUUCGUUGCUAUGAGCGCAUGCAUGCCAGGGUCUUCUUCAGUAUGCCCGCGGAGCUUAGACUGUGCCCGAGCAGGGCGUCAUUUCUGCCAGCCGGGCAGCUCACACUGCGGCCCCUGCCUGAACCCGCUGGUAGAGAACUCACAUGGCAGAUGCAUAGUGAAGAGGAGACACACUCACGCCCCCCAUUUUGCGGGAAAAGUGACCACGUUCCCUGAAGUGGAUGAGGAGAUAGACUUCCUGUCCACCAUCAUCAGCCAACGGAAGGAGUCAGGGGUCAAACAUCCAGCUCCUCUCUCUCAGGAUUUUUCCAAAGCCAAUGAGGAAGAUGACCGAUCCAUGAUCCUCACCCAACGGCCUACCACAGAGCAGCCUACGACACACAGUACCACUACAGCCCCGUAUAACACGACGACAGCCGCCCCCACCACCACCCACAUCCCAGCAGUUCGUAGUGGGCCCCUGAUCAUCCCUUACCCCGCCAACGAUCAUGUGUUUAUUGUCAUGACCAGUGUGUUUGUGGUCAUGGGAUCUGUGGCCUUGCUCUUGGCUGGUGUCUGUUGGAUCAGGUUGCAGAGAGGUGUGCGCCUGGCUCAGAAGGCAGACUACCCUGCUUAUGGGGGUACAGGGCCCCAUUCCUAUGACAACAAUGUGCCUGGGGAUAAGAGGCUGGCUCAGAGUGCCCAGAUGUACCACUACCAACACCAGAAACAGCAGAUGCUCUCCCUGGAGAAACAACGGGAUGAGCCAAAGGUGCCUGACUCUGUGGCCACGUCAGAUGAGGAGAAUGAGGAUGGGGAUUUCACGGUGUACGAGUGUCCUGGAUUGGCCCCAACAGGGGAAAUGGAGGUGAAGAAUCCUUUGUUUGAUGAUUCCACCCUUCAGCGGAGCCACAAGUAACCCUGACAACCCUGGACAUUCUGAUAUGCACCUAUAAAAGAUGUCAUCCUACACGUACAGGAAGAUCAAAUCACACUUAAUUACUCAAACACCUACAAAUACACAUCGGGUUUCUCUAUACCUAGCCUGUCUCACAUGAUACACUCCUAACAUGGUAGGGUGGCAGGUUUGUAAGGAGAGAAGGAAUGAGCGGAGGUUGUGAGAAAGAUGGACUUGAAAAGGAGGAGGUGAAUCUCCUCUUGGAUUGGACUGAUAUCUGGGACCCGUGACGUCUCUCGCACUUAGAAAACCUACACAACGUUGUAUCUUUCCAUCUGGCCUAAAAUAUCCAUUCCUUCGUAUUUUGUUAUGUUUAUCUUAUCUCUGGUGUAAUUGAUCCUGUAAAAUUCUCUCCAUUUUUUUUUCUGUCAAACAUGUGCACACAUCUUCCAACAAACUGACUGAGAGAUUGUGUAUGACGAUGGAUAACAUUCUCCAAGUACUGCUCUCCCCCUCAGUCCUUCGCGCUGUGCCACCCCUGUACAGAGGAACUUCUGGGUCGUAUUCACUAGAAAUCAAACAGAAGAAAAAUUGACAGAGGGACUAUACCUGAACUUUUCCAACAAGAAAUGCUGUUUUCUUUUUCCAUUGCAAAAUGUAUCGCCACAGUGUGCGCUAAUGAAUACAACCCUGCUUCAUACGACAGAUACCCACAGACAGGUUCAAGGAGAACAGAGAACUACAGUGGGAAAAGAAAGAUGUGUUAUGGGCCUAUAGGUAGCUGUAGACUUGAAAACUGGUCCUAGAAAUAAUUAUGGAACUGCAGACGUUAGUUCAAGCCUUUUGAAACGAAGAAUGGUUGGCAUAGUACAAUUAUAAGGCUGUCAAUGCUAAUCAUUGGCCAGACUAAAUGGCUGCAUUACAAAAGUCACCUCAUUCUAUAUAUAUAUAUUUAUUUUUUAUAUAUAUAUAGAAUGAAGUUCCAUUAAUUAUGGCUCUUAAAUAUCUGAAACUCAUUGACUUUCUAAUAAUUUAACUUAAAAAAAUAAAUAAUUUGUAUUUUAUUUUACUGUUUCAUGUACACAUGCAGUGCAUACGGUAAACCUGACCUGUUAAAGCUCUCUUAUAUAGCCAUUAUAUUAUCAUUAUAUAUGGUCCCUCUAUGCAUGACUUGAUGACACUGGGUUCUGCUGAAAAGGGAUAAAAGUCUAUAUGCAUUUAUGAUUGUUAUUCAAGUUUCCUGUGUAAACUUGCUUAUGCUAUCUAGAGAACGUGAAUGAUUUCAAAGGAAUUUGGAACCUCUUUACAGAACUCUGAAACAGAGCAACCCCAUCGUGUACACAGAUUUGUCCCCAUGAUUUGUGAUGAUCAUGUAAAUAGCCACUGACGUGUACUGUACAGAGAUGGCCAACUGUCACUAAUGAUGUAUUUGUACACAUUAUUAGUCUAUAUUUCUGAUUGCUGUGUCAAAUGAACCACCGUUUGCUUUAGCCUAAUGUGAGACCCAAAUUGCACCCCAAUCUUUUGUAUCGUGCGUUUUACUUUUUAUGAAAGCCCGAUUAGGGCCUGGUCAAAAGGGUCGCACUAUAGGGAAAAGGGUGCUCUUUGGAGCACACGAGUCUUUUCAGAAGUUGCCUAUUGCCGUUGACUCUCAGGAAUGCUGAUGUCAUUAGCUCUUCUAUGUACUUAACCAUUUCUCUUACUCUCUCUCAUACUGAAAGAAAUGGUAGUCCGACACGUACUGUAACAUGAAUGAUUUGUGGAUGCAGUUAUAUUUUAUUUGCCCAGUUAGGCUUCAAGAACUAUGUAUGUGAGAUAGAAAGAGGAUUCUCUUAGAAUGGACUCAUCCGUUGAUGUAGGCCUAGAUGACUCGUGAAGAUGCUGAACAUCAAACCUUGACUGUUUUACCACAUACGUACAGGUAACUGUCAAAAUAAAGAGAACCCCAAUGCAAAGUGUCUUAAUUGGAAGUGUUGCCACCACGAGCCUCCAGAACGGCUUCAAUGCACUUUGGCAUAGGUUCUACAAGUGUCUGGAACUCUUGGAGGGAUGUGACACCAUUCUUCCACAAUAAAUUCCAGAAUAGAAAUUUUGUUGAUGGCGGUAGAAAAAGCUGUCUCAAGCACCGCACCAGAAUCUCCCAUAAGUGUUCAAUUUGGUUGAGAUCUGGUGACAGAGAGACACACACCAGCUUUAAACCCCCUAUGCUCUUUCAAUGUCACAGAUUUCUGAUUCUAGACAUUGUAGCCAAAAUAAUGGCCAACUUGACAUUUUUAUACAUGACCCAAAGCAUGAUGGGAUGUUAAUUGCUUAAAGCCCAGUGCAGUCAAAUGUUUUAUAUAUACACUGAAUGCACAAAACAUUAGGAACACAUUCCUAAUAUUGAAUUGCACCCCCUUUUACCCUCAGAACUGCCUCAAUUCGACAGGUCAUGGACUCUACAAGGUGUUGAAAGCGUUCCACAGGGAUGCUGGCCCAUGUUGACUCCAAUGCUUCCCACAGUUGUGUCAAGUUCGCUGGAUGUCCUUUGGGUGGUGGACCAUUUUUGAUGCACACAGGAAACUGUUGAGUGGAAAAAACCCAGCAGUGUUGCAGUUCUUGCCACUCAAACCUGUGUGCCUGGAACCUACCAGUUCAAAGGCACUCAAAUCUUUUGUCUUGACCAUUCAGCCUUUGAAUGGCACACAUACUCAAUUGUCUCCAGGCCUAAAAAUCCUUCUUUAACCUGUCUCCUCCCCCUUCAUCUUCACGGUUUGAAGUGGAUUUAACAGGUGACAUCAAUAAGAGUUCAUACCUUUCACCUGGAUUCACCUGGUCAGUCUGUCAUCGAUUUCCACACUGAGGUUAGAAUAACACUAAAAUUGUGAAAAUGAUAAUGCCCUUUUAGUGUAAGAGCUGUUUGAAAAGACUGCCUGAAAUGUUCAGCCUACUGUAGUUUUGGCCUGCCUGGUGUCAUACCCAGGUGUUGUUAAUAGACCAAUAAGAAGAGAGUUCCAAACCCCUCUGCCAAUAACAGCUAGUUUUCAGUUUUCCCCUCCUCACUCUGACCAAUCCCAGACAGUCCUAGCAAAAUUCUUGUUUGAGAAGUUGUUCUUUGCUAAGAAGCUAUUUUUGUUUAUUUUUGAUCAUUUUAAUUGAACACAAUCACAGUAAGGCACUUAAUUGUUACCCAGAAAUGAUUUAAUAUUGAGAAAAGUUUUUUUUACCUUUAUUUAACCAGGCAAGUCAGUUAAGAACAAAUUCUUAUUUUCAAUGACGGCCUGGGAACAGUGGGUUAACUGCCUGUUCAGGGGCAGAACGGCAGAUUUGUACCUUGUCAGUUCGGGGGUUUGAACUCGCAACCUUCCGUUUACUUGUCCAACACUCUAACCACUAGGCUACCCUGCCGCUGAUUUGGCCCUUUAAGGAACCAGACCUGUGUGGAAGCACCUGCCUUCAAUAUACAGUACUUGUAUCCCUCAUUUACUCAAGUGUCUCCUUUAUUUUGGCAGUUACCUGUACAUCAAUACUGUCCCCUAGGCCCUAUGGUUGCAAAAUGCUGAUAACCUAACCAAAAUUGCUAGGUUUUCCAUAAAUCUUUGUUGAAGGAUUGACAUUUGCUCUUUGCUUGCUUUCACGAAUGUGGAUGGUUAAGAAUCUCCAGGAGUGACUAGUGACUACCCUUUUUUUGUACAGUAAACCACCCUCCUGGACUAGAGGGUAAUUAACACACCAACCCUGAGAGACGAACAACCUCUUUUACUACUACUGGGAUUGUUGACCGUGAUGCAUGAAGACAUAUCAGAAAAAUGUAAUAAUAUAAAUAUUUGAUCUUAACUGCGACAUGGUCUGCUGUGCUGUGUUUUUUAUGACAUAAUGGACAAUAUUGUUGGAAGAUGAUCUAAAGCUUCAAGUGAAGAUUGUUUUUAAAAGAAAAUCAAGCAAAAAUACUAGAUUUGAUGCAAACAUCAAUCUGGGAUCUCAUGAGAGAAUCAAAAUAUACAGUACCAGUCAAAAAUUGGACACACCUACUCAUUCCAGGCUUUUUAUUUAUUUGUACUAUUUUAUAAAAUUGUAGAAUAAUAGUGAAGACAUCAAAACUAUGAAAUAAAGCAUAUGGAAUCAUGAGUAAGCAAAAAAGUUUUAAAUUAGCCCUAUUUGGUAAAAGUCCAUAUUAUGGUGGGAACAGCUCAAAUAAGCAAAGAGAAACUACAGUCCAUCAUUACUUUAAGACAUGAAGGUCAGUCAAUCUGGAAAAUGUAAAAAAAAAUUGGACAAAUUCUUCAAGUGCAGUCGCAAAAACCAUCAAGCGUUAUGAUGAAACUGGCUCUCAUGAAGACCGCCACAGGAAAGGAAGACACAGAGUUACCUCUGCUGCACAGGAUAAGCUGAUUAGAGUUAACUGCACCUCAGAUUGCAACACAAAUAAAUGCUUCACCGAAUUCAAGUAACGGACACAUCUCAACAUCAACUGUUCAGAGGAGACUGCGUGAAUCAGGCCUUCGUGAUCAAAUUGCUGCAAAGAAACCACUACUAAAGGACACCAAUAAGAAAAAGAGACUUGCUUGGGCCAAGAAACACGAGCAAUGGACAUUAGACCGGUGAAAUCUGUCCUUUUGGUCUGAUGAGUCCAAAUGUCUUUGUGAGACACAGAGUAGGUAAAUGGAUGAUCUCUGCAUGUGUGGUUCCCACUGUGAAGCAUGGAGGAGGAGGUGUGAUGAUGUGGGGGUGCUUUGCUGGUGACACUGAUUUAUUUAGAAUUCAAGGCACACUUAACCAGCAUGGCUACCACCGCAUUCUGCAGGAUUACGCCAUCCCAUCUGGUUUGCGCUUAGUGGGACUAUCGUUUGUUUUUCAACAGGAAUAUGACCCAACACCUCCAGGCUGUGUAAGGGCUAUUUUACCAAAAGGUAGACGACCUGGCCUCCACAAUCACCCGAUCUCAAUCCAACUGAGAUGACUUGGGAUGAGUUGGACCGCAGAGUGAAGGAAAAGCAGACAAAAUGUGCUCAGCAUAAGUGGGAACUCCUUCAAGACUGUUGGAGAAGCAUUCCAGGUGAAGAUGGUUGAAACAAUGCCAAGAGUGUGCAAAGCUGUCAUUAAGGCAAAGGGUGGCUACUUUGAAGAAUUUCAAAUAUAGAAUGUAUUUGGAUUUGUUUAACACUUUUUUUGGUUACUGCAUGAUUCCAUGUGUGUUAUUUCAUAGUUUUGAUGUCUUCACUAUUAUUCUACAAUGUAGAAAAUGGUAAAAAUAAAGAAACACCCUGGAUUGAG